AUGAAAAAGAAGAAAGUUUAUACCUGCUUUAUUCAGCUCUCCUUAUUAGGCUAUGUUUUAUAUGCCAAAUGUGGUUGUUCAGCUGGAGUUGAUGGAAGAUGCAAUCAUGUAUGUGCAACUCUCUUUUACGUUGACUCUGUAUGUAAAAACAACUUAAAGCAAUGCAAAAGUGAGCUUUCCUGUACAUCAAAGCCUUGUGAUUUACCAGAACAGGAGAGAGAAUCUGAAGAAGAACUGAUCUCACCAAUAAAAGUUACCGAAAUUCCUUCAUCAUUGAAUACAAUCAACGAAAGAGUGAAAAAAAUCAGAGCAAGGUUAGUUGUUGAUGAUGUACAGGCCAAGCAGAUUAAAGACCAGACCAGAAAUCAGUCUUCUAGAAAAAGUUGGCACACCCAUAGAAAGUAUCGGAUAACAGCAUCCAAAUGUUAUAGAGCAGCUGUCCUAAAAAGUACCAACUAAGGCC